UCGGAAAUGGAGUAGUUGUAGAAAGAAACUGGGCGGUAGUGAUACCCGUAGGUGUGUCAGUUCGGCGGUAUUUCACGCAAUUUAUUUUCAUUUAAUCACCAAAACCGCGAGCAUCCGCCCCGCAACCGCAAAUAAACCCCCAAUUAGCUCAAACAAUUACCAUAAUUAAUCCAAUCACCGACCUCAGUGUGCAAAAGCCAAAAAAAAACCUCGGGCGAGUUGCAAAAACCGAAAUCACCACCAAAUACUUGGCUUUCUCCACGAAACACUUACCCUGGAGCAAUAAAAACAUCUCCAAAUAAUCGGAUAAUCACAUUAAUGAGAUUAAUCAACAAUUGGGAUAAUUGAAACAAUUCGAGUGGCAGUCGAUUACCCGGAGUGAGUGAGAGGAAUCGAAAAAAAAAUCGGGAAAAACUCCUGGGCCAGUGAAAUUCGAAUAAUAUUAAUCAGUGAUUCGAGAGAAUAAAAUUGAUAAAAAUAGAAAAUGAAUGGGAAAAUAGUGGAGUCGAGGAAUAGCUGUGGGAAGAGACGACUGGAGAUGUCAGUGGAUUUUUCGGAGUCGGCAUGAGACACCGGAAAUAUCGCCAACAGCUUCUGAUAAUGUUUUCAGUUUGAAUAAAAAAAAGAAAUGAAGUAGAUAAAUGGAGUUUUAGUGAUUAAUUUUGGGGGAUAAAUUUUGAUUUUGAUAGUGUCAGUGGCGCAAUCAGCGCAACGCCAAAAAAAUGUGGAAUAUGAUGUGCGAUGUGAUGCCGACAAUUGCUGAGGACAGCAUUAGUCAGAGGAGUUCACAGUUCUCCGGGGAAGAUGCUAAUUUUGAGCAGCUCAUGGUGUCCAUGCUCGAUGAGAGGGACAAGCUCAUGGAUUCCCUCAGGGAGAGUCAGGAAAGAUUGCAGGAAGCUGAGGCCAGACUCCAGGAUGUCGAGAAAGAAAGAGAUGCCCUCAAUCGACAGAUGAAUGCUAAUAUUCCUCAGGAAUUCUCGCAGUUGACGAAGGAACUCUCAGCAGCACGUGAAAAUAUACUCGAACGAGAGGAAGAAAUAUCGGAAUUAAAAGCAGAACGCAACAACACUCGGCUUCUACUGGAGCAUCUAGAAUGUCUGGUGUCACGUCACGAAAGGUCCCUCAGGAUGACAGUAGUGAAGAGACAAGCAGCAGCCCAGUCGGGGGUCUCGUCCGAGGUCGAGGUCCUCAAGGCACUCAAGAGCCUCUUCGAGCAUCACAAGGCCCUGGACGAAAAGGUACGAGAACGAUUAAGAGUUGCACUGGAGAAGAAUACGAGCCUCGAGGAGGAGCUAUCACGUACCAAAGACGAGCUCCAGCAGUACAAAGCUGGUGGACAUCUCAAGGCAAUCGAGGACAGGCCCAAGGAAAAUGGACAGGCUGAUGAUAAUCAGGGAAAGAAUGAAACUGAUACGACUAGCCAGGACCAACAGGAGGUGGUACCAACAGUUAUUGAGUUUAAUGAUGAGAGGAAAAUGGAGAGUGGAAGUAGACUGAGCAACGGUGGUCUCAAUACCUCUGACCACGAUUCGGCUGCACGUGUUAUUGACUUGCAGUCGACUGUUGAGAAGCAGAGUGCUGAAUUGGCAAAUUGGCAGCGUCGAGUGGGUGAGUUGGGGGGUCGUGUGGCUGAACUCGAAGAGACCCUCUCCAAGGCUCAGAAGGAUCUAAUGAAGACGCAGGAGUCUAAUGGAAAGCUGCAGCGAGAUCUCAGAGAGAAUGUUGCACAGAAGGAAGAUCAGGAGGAGCGAAUAGCGACGUUGGAGAAGAGAUAUCUAAAUGCUCAGAGAGAAUCCACCAGUCUUCAUGAUUUGAAUGAGAAACUCGAGCAGGAGUUGCAGCACAAGGAGGCACAGCUCAAGCUGCAAGAGGAGAAGACAGCGGCUAUACAAGAGAAACUAGAGCUUGCUGAACAAAAAUUGGCCCAGUAUCCAAAAUUACCAGAGAUGGAGGAGGAGCUGAAGGCUAGGAUGGAGGCACUGACCCAGGUGAGGAGGCCCAAUCAGCAGGCACAGGAGAGACACGGUAGUGCUGAAGACAGGAUCCAGAGACUCGAGGGACAGCUCGAGGAGAAGAACGCCGAGGUGAUGCGACUUAAUCAGCGUCUCAAGAUGAAUGAGGAGCACAACACAAGGUUAAGCAGUACCGUUGAUAAACUCUUAUCAGAAUCGAACGAGCGACUUCAGGUCCACCUGAAGGAGCGCAUGCAUGCCCUGGAGGAGAAGAAUGCUCUCACCCAGGAGCUCGAGAAGACGCGAAAAAUAGCUGAGGACUUGCAGAAUGAAAAAUCCGAGAUAAUGAAGGAGCUGGGGAAAGCGAGAUUAGAGAUAGACAAUGUGAAGAGACAGAUGCUGCAGCAGGAGAUAGCGUUCAAUAUACAGCAGACAGACGCCCUGACGAGGAGUCUCUCACCAAAUGCCGUGGAGCCAGCUUCGUCAUCCCGAUCAGCUAGUCACAGCUCCUUCGACACCCACUCAUUACCGAGAAGAGGUGGUAAACGACUCGAUGACGACGGGACCAAGGGCUACGUGGCAAGAACCCUCGCUGAACAGGAGUGGGAGAAAUUGCAGCAGGCGCACGUACUGGCGAAUGUCCAGCAAGCAUUUGAUGUGUCAUCUGAUGCUGAGGGGGAUGGUGAUAAUGAGAGUAUAUUCUCGUCAGCUGCUGAUGUUAUCAGUCCCAGUGGUCACACCGAUGCCCAGACACUGGCUAUGAUGCUGCAGGAGCAACUCGAUGCCAUCAAUAUCGAGAUAAGGCUUAUACAGGAGGAGAAGCAGAGCACUGAGGCAAGGGCUGAGGAGCUUGAGAGCAGAGUUGGCAGUUUGGAGCAUAUGAAUCUUCUGGCAAGGGGUAGAAGCCUCGAGAGGGCAUCACCACCUCUCAGUGGAAGAUCGACACCCAAGAGUCACCACAGCCCCAAUAGGGAUUAUCUUCAUAAGUAUCAUACGGCACCUGCCUCAAUGUCACCUGCCCAUCUUCAUCAGUAUGCAGCUUCAUUGGCAAGCCCAGGACAACUGUCCGAGUCACUCCCCGCUAGCCAGUUGCAGUUGUCUGGGGAGGAGUUGCACUCGGUUAGUGAACGAGACAGUGGAGGUGGUGGAAGUGGAGGAAGUGAAGCAGCAUCACCACAAACAGCUAGAUCAUUGAGACUGGAGAGGGUUGUCCAGGCAUUGGCGCACAGCCAAGAGGAACUCAGGAGGCGCACCGGACAGAGCGGAUUUCCAAGUGCCGGUUACUCCACUCACAGGCAUGGGCAUCAUAACAACGGCACACUGAAUUCUGGAACACCACCUUCACCAUUGUCUUCACGUCAUAGUAGCCAGGACAGUUUGCACAAGAACAGUUUUGGAAAUGUUGGUCUACCAUUUGGACAAUUGUCGAGCUCUCAUCUGCAUAUGCAAUCAACAAUGAGCCCAGCGACAGCAGCAGCUGUUGCUGCUGCACAGAAGAAGAAGGGAAUCAAGAGCAGUCUUGGAAGAUUCUUCAGUAAAAAAGAGAAGAUCAAGGGAAAGGACACCACGAUGCCUGGAGAUGUUCCAGGAAUGGGAGGGGCUUGCACUCCAGCUGAUCCAGAUUAUGGGGACAAUGUAUCAGUUGCUGGGACCCUAGGAGGAAAGAGUGAUUUCGAUCGAAGGAAAAAGAAGAGUAUGUUGGACUCAUCUCGUCACGAGCUGUUGGCUGAGGCCAUGAAGGCAGGUACACCGUUUGCCCUGUGGAAUGGACCAACAAUAGUUGCCUGGCUGGAGCUGUGGGUUGGCAUGCCAGCCUGGUACGUUGCAGCCUGUCGUGCCAAUGUAAAAAGUGGUGCAAUUAUGUCAGCACUCAGUGACACUGAGAUUCAACGUGAAAUUGGCAUCAGCAAUCCCCUCCACAGAUUAAAAUUGAGGCUUGCAAUUCAGGAGAUGGUGUCCCUUACAUCCCCAUCCGCACCAAAAACAUCAAGAACAACACUUGCUUUUGGUGAUAUGAAUCAUGAGUGGAUUGGCAAUGUUUGGCUGCCAAGUUUGGGACUGCCACAGUACAGAUCGACAUUUAUGGAGUGCCUUGUUGAUGCACGUAUGCUUGAUCAUCUUACCAAGAAAGAUCUCAGGGGACAGCUGAGGAUGGUUGAUAGCUUUCACAGGACUAGUCUGCAGUACGGUAUAUCUUGUCUCAAGAGAUUGAAUUUUGACCGGCAGCAACUCGAGGACAGGAGGAGAAUGGCUGAGGGGGCAAAUGUCGAUGUUAUUGUCUGGAGUAACGACAGGGUUAUCAGAUGGGUACAAUCCAUUGGCCUCAAGGAAUAUGGGAACAAUCUCUUGGAGUCUGGAGUUCAUGGUGCCCUCGUGGCCCUCGACGAGAGUUUCGAUGCCAAUGCGUUUGCCCUCACCCUCCAGAUACCGACGCAAAAUGUUCAGGCAAGACAAGUCCUCGAGAUGGAAUUCUCGAAUUUGCUGACAGUGGGUACUGAGAGGCGAUCAGAGGAGAACAGCAUCAAAUCCUGAUCAAACCCACCCCCUAGGCCAUUACCACGUCAUCAGCCCCAUCACGUCUAGUCCAAUCCUCAAUCCCAAUCCAUUUUCAUGAUGUAACUGUGAGUAAGAGAGCUUUAAUUGUCCUUUCAAUCAUUCCAAACAUUAUUAUCUUGAAUAAUCACCAGAUAAUCAUCUCCCGAGCUUCACUGAUUCACCUGAAUGAAUCAAAGUUUCCCUUUCACGUUGAAAAAAAAAAUAAUAAAAAAUGACACCCUGGAGUUGAUUAAUGUCCCAGUAACUGGGAGACGAGAAUAAUAAUUUUUAAAGUGACAAUAAUUCUGUCUGGCUCGAUUCCCAACGAUUGUCCAAUAUUAUUUUCCUCAUCGUCAUAUUGUACUUAUGACACAGUCAAACAUCACAACCGCACAAAACAUAAUGGACGAAUAAAAAAGCAUGAUGAUUUUUUUGAUACCCAGUUGUGGAGUAGAUAAUGAAUUUUGUUAUGAUAAGUGAGGGAUUACUGAGAUCAGAGGGUGAGGAUUAAUUGAUCCAUGGUAUUUAGGAGGAAAAUUAAGCACUGAAUGUCGAUGGCAUGACUAUUCAGAUGCUUUUGAUUUUUUUUUCCGUCGGAUAUUUGUACCCUCUGAUUAAUUAUGACGAUUAAUUAACGCUAAGGGAGCUUUAAA